AUGUCUGACUUCUUCAUCCCUCCACCAGGACUGGCUUUCCGGCUCCUUGGUCAGAGAAGCAACAGGGUUCUUGUUGCCAACUCCAAUGAUACCCUCACGGACUACGAACUGGGGGCAAAAUAUGCCGAUCAAUGGUUCACCCUUGAGCCCGCACCAACGAGCGGGCAGUACUAUAUCAAGAGCACGGCCUCAGCGAACCAAGGAAAAGUCAUCUUCUGCCGUGCCGCCGAAGGUGAAGUUGGCGUUUGGAACAAGGACUAUGACGAUCAGCAUUUCAUUCUCGAGCCUGGUGUGGGCGAGUUCCUCGGAGGCUUCCGACUCCAUGCUCCCUCCACGAACAGGGUGAUCACCGCCCAGCCCUCAGCUAACUGGGUUCGAAACUAUCCUGCGGAUGGGACCAAAUAUAACGAUCAGUACUUCUCAUUUCUCUUUGAAGACACUGAAAUCGAUCGCGUGGAGUACGAUGCUACAGACGCUCGGCCUGUUGGCACUAUGCCAACAUCUUUUCCUGUUGAAUUGGUCAAUCGUGGCAAUACUCCGGCAAAGCUGAAUGCAAACAUGAGUCGAUCGGUUUCGGAAACAGCCUCAUUUGACUUUCACACAGGGAUGACUCUUACGGUGGGGGCAACUUUCAAGUCUGGUAUACCAUUCAUCGCAGAGGGUGAGAUCAAGACAGAAUUCAGUGUAUCGACGGACUUCACUUGGGGAAAAGCCACCACGGUCACAUCGCAGAUCGGAUCCUCGGUGGAAAUCGAAGUUCCUCCUCACUCGUCCCAGAAGGUGGUUGGCGUUUAUAAACGGAGCACCAUUAACCUCACUGCCACCAUCUAUUCCAAGUCGAAGAGCACUGGAGUCGAGGUUGUGACCAAGGCAAUCUACAGGGACAGUUCCAUGGUCAUGAUGCCUCUGAAGCAGACGAGUAUAUUGGAAGAGCUUGGUGAUCCCUUCGUUCCGCUUCGCUAUCUGCGCAGUAUCGCAGCCCAUCUUUUGACCACUGAUCCUGGCCUCCCUCGGUCGAAUCCCACCUUCUCUCACUGGCAGGAUCCCCCUCAUCCCCUCGCGACCAUCCAGUCCCCCACUUUCCCCGAGAAAACUGACGUCGCCAUCAUCGGAUCUGGCAUCACCGGUCUGUCUGUCGCCAGAACUCUCCUGGAAGGAGAUUCAUCCUCCCAAGUGACGGUGUUGGAAGCUCGCACGUUGUGCUCAGGCGCCACCGGUCGCAAUGGGGGACAGCUGGCUGCGAAUAUCGGGGAAGAGUAUUCACAUCUUGUGUCGAUGUAUGGAGUAGAAGCGGUAGGGAGGAUUGCUGAGUUCACGUUUUUGAAUCUGCAAGAGAUGUACGAAAUUGCGAACGAAUAUGCAGGAGAAAGUGAAGCCCAGACGCUGGAGAAGCUGCGCGUGUUUCUCACGGAUGAGACGUUUGAAUCGUUCAAGGAAAGCAUCACGCGGUUGGAGACAGAUCACCCCCGUUUCAAAGGGAUUUAUACCAUUCUCGACGCGGACAGAUUGAAGGAACACAACAUCACCGGCGCAGGAGGGGCGCUUCUCCCUGCAGGAACCCUCUGGCCCUAUCGCCUCGUCACGGCCAUCUUUGCCAACCUGCUCAACACCCACAAGUCCAGGUUCAGCAUCGAGGCAAACACCCCCGCGACAUCAGUCGCAUACAACCCCGACAAUGAUCCAUCUCAUCCAUAUACCAUCCAUACACCUCGCGGGCCUCUUCGCGCCAGGAAGAUCGCAUACUGCACAAACGCUUACACGGGGCAUCUACUUCCCCAACUUCGCGGUCGUGUCUAUCCCUUCAAAGGAACGAUGACAGUUCAACGCCCGGAGAAAUCAGUCCCGAAUAAGGGCGACUCGCUAUCAUGGGGAUUCCAUUAUCCACCGUCGUAUAGCCCGCAGUCGAAACAAUAUGCGGCCGGGCUAUACUAUCUCGCCCAGAAUGCAAAAUCUGGUGACUUCUUUUUCGGUGGCGAGAAUGCCUCAUUCGACGAGUGCCUGUCCGCAGAUGAUAGCCAUGUCGGAAACGAGUCUAUUACUGAAUUGCUAAAUACUCUCCCUGGGUUUCUGGGUGUGCAGGAACCUCGCGAUUGGGAGCUUGUCCGUGCUUGGAGUGGGAUCAUGGGAUUCACUGCGGAUGGGCUUCCGGUUGUGGGACAAUUGCCUUCAUCUCUGACUGAACGCAAUGGUGAUGGAGAAUACAUUGCGGCUGCGUUUAAUGGAUAUGGAAUGGCCAAUUGUCUUCUUUCCGGGCAGGCACUGGCAAAGAUGAUGAUGGGUGAGGAUGUCAGUUCGUGGUUCCCCGACGCAUACGGGAUCCACGAUGAACGGUUGCGAAUGUUGACGGUGCAAAACUCAAUGCAAUAUUAUAUUGAUUUGUUGGCUGAAGAGGAAAGGCCAUCCUCCCCAUGA